ACAAGCUAACUCAUCCAGCGUUGAGUCAAUUCUUCACUGCGUGUCAGACACACAGGUUAAAAUGCUUCAGGAAUGUAAAACUGGUGAAGAAGUGGUAUCCCACCGCCUAUAACUCAAGGUCUGCCACCAUGACAUGGAGAUUGGUUCAUUUGAAUGCUCUUCUUCUUCUUGGAGCACUCGCCUCCCCAACUCCAUCCUCCCCACGCACCACUCACACUGACGGAGCAUCCUGUCGCAUCUACAAAUCUGGUCGCUCAGCAGACUGUCUGGGAAGACAGUAUGAAAAUGUCCCGUGGAGACAAUUUCCAUCCACGCUGGAAGAGAUAGAUCUGUCUUACAAUAAACUUCAAGCUGUCCGUGUUGAUGACUUCCUCCGCCUCCCUCAGCUUCGCACCCUAAAGCUGCAGUACAAUAACAUAUCACACAUUGACAAAGAUGCCUUUAAAAUGAACACGCUGCUGGAGCAUCUUAACAUCUUCAAUAACUCUCUGGAGGAAAUUCCUGCCACAGCUUUGUCUCCUCUGUUGAAUCUGAAAAAGCUCUACAUGUCCAAUAACCUUUACAAAAAUGCAUCUUUGGCUGAUAGCUUUUCUAAAUUUGUCAAACUGCAAGUUCUGUCCAUGGGUGGCGCUCUGGUGAUGGGUUUAAAGAAAGCUGAUUUACAGGCCCUGAAGAACAUGAAGUUACAGGAAUUUGCAAUCAAAUGCUCAUCCAAUCUAAGUUACUACGAGCCUGGAAGUUUAGAGGCCAUCAACACAAGAGAUAUGGGCUUUGAUAUGGCCAUAGAUCAACUGCCAAAUGCUCUUCCCUACAUGCUACAGGACAUUGCCAACAAGAGCUUCAGGGCCAUCCAAUUCCGAAACAUCUUUGAGUUCAUGUACUACAUGGGGGAUGAGGACAUUUUCAAGGGUUUAAAAGACGUCAGGGCCCAACAGCUCGUCUUUCACAGAGGAAAGUUCAAUGAGAAUCUCCUCAGUAUGGCUUUGAUGAACCUACAAGACGCCCACAUCAAAAGGUUGAGGCUUCAGUACAUCGAUUUUGCCCGUUCACCCACGUUUGUUGAUAGCGGAGCUGGUUCCAGCAUCACCAACCUGGCACUGGAUAAGUUGGACCUUUGGUAUAUCAGCAACCCUGAUAUCCUGAGAUUUGACUGGCGCUUCACCUGGUUAAACAAAGUAAAGGAACUGUCCAUUCAGCAUGUGUACUUCAACUUCGUUCCCUGCGAUGCCUGGGUUGAGAUGGAAGGCGUGGAGUUACUGGAUAUCUCUGAUAAUCGUCUCAAUAAUGAGUUUGUGUUCAACAAACAGUGUGAUUACAGGGGCGCCUUGCCAAAUCUUCACACUUUCAACAUGAGCACAAAUGUCCUGACCAGUUUAAGAGACUUGUCAUUGCUAACCAAGGAGUUCAAGCAGCUGCAGAUGUUGGAUUUUAGCCACAACCAGAUGGGAUCUGCUGAAAAAAGUCAGGACUGUGUUUGGCCCAAAAAUAUCACCAGGAUUAUUGCUCACCACAAUCAAUUUGUAAGUGAAGCACUCCAGUGUCUGCCCACCACGGUGCACUACUUGGACUUGUCCUACUGCGACCUGGACCAGCUGGACAUGAUGUACUUUGAGAAAGCCACCGACCUGAAGGAGCUCCUGUUAAGUGGAAAUAAAAUCAAGUUCAUACCAUAUAAGUGGAAAAGUCUGUCACUGCAGUCACUAACUUUGGAUGGGAAUUCGUUUGGUCUCAUCAGCAAGGCAUCAUUCCAGGACAUGCCUCGACUGUCUCAGCUGAGGGCGGGGAACAAUCCUUUCCAUUGCACCUGUGAGCUCCAUGCUUUCGUCCAGGAUGCAAUCUCAAAGGCACGGGUUAACCUCACCGACUGGCCGUGGAACUACAGGUGUUACCAUCCAGAGGCUUUGCUGAACACAGUCAUAUCCAAAUUCUUUCCCAGUCAAGUGGCGUGUGACACCAGACUAGUUAUCAUCAUCUGUGUGGUGACCACUGCAGCAGUGAUCUUGAUAUUAAUGCUGAUUUGCUAUAUUUUUGACCUCCCGUGGUACACUAAAGCAACGUAUCAGAUCAUCCGGGCCAAGUACAGACAUCACAAGGAAAAGGCGGCAGGGGAAUUGGAGAAUUUUACCUAUCAUGCCUUUAUAUCAUAUAGCCACUCUGAUGCAGACUGGGUGAGGGGACAGCUCUUACCCAGUUUGGAGAACAACAAGAACCCGUACCGUCUGUGUAUCCAUGAGAGGGACUUCAUGCCAGGAAAGUGGAUCAUCGAUAACAUCAUUGACAACAUUGAAAGCAGCCGUAAGGUAAUAUUCGUCCUCUCUCGGCACUUCGUCAACAGCGAGUGGUGCAACUACGAGCUGUACUUCACUCAGCAGAGAGCAAUGGGAAAGACCUUUGGUGAUGUCAUACUUGUGAUGAUGGAGCCCAUGGAUCCCGGGUCCAUUCCCAGCAAGUACUGCAGGCUGAAGAAGAUGCUCAGCACCAAGACAUACCUGGAGUGGCCCCAGCAGGUCAACCAGCAGGCGUUCUUCUGGGCACAGCUGAGAAGUGUUCUGGGCAAGCCGGCAACGACCCGAGAGGAGAGGCACAGUGUUAAGAGCAGAACUUCAUCUGUUGGGGAGGUGUCAGUGAUUGGGCCCCCCAUCGAAGAUACCAGGCCUGAAGUAGGAAGACCUAAUGCGGACGAAGAAGCAGUACCCAAAGAUGAGAUUAUAAAAAGGAACAAUAAUGAACUUUCCAAUCAAAGACAAAUUCCCGAGGCAUUAACUACAGGAAUGAAUAUGAUUUCCAACCUGGAAUCUUCCAUUGAGGGAAUCCUUAAAGUGUUCCAUAACUAUUCUGGAAAAGAAGGUGACAAGUACAAGCUGAGCAAAGCUGAGCUCAAGAACCUGUUGGAGGGGGAAUUUGGUGAAUCCAUGAAGAGCUGCAAGGACCCCCAGGUGGUGGAAGACAUUAUGAACGGGCUGGAUGAAGACAAGGAUGGGGAAAUCAGCUUCCAGGAGUUUGUCGUUCUUGUGUUUGGGCUGACUGUGUCCUGCAAUGAGUUCUUCCAAGACAUGGAUGCCCAAGGAUCUAAAAAAGCUGAGCAGUCAAAAUAAAUCCAUGAAUCCCUCCUUUACAUCUUUAAUAUUCAAACAAUGUUAUGGUUUGUAAAGCUUUCAAUCAUUUAGCACAGCACCAAGUGUUACCAAACAUCACUGCAAACAAAAUGUUCUGAUUAUUCUUUUCUUUUUGUCCUUGAAAAGUCUUCCAUCUCAAUAAAGAUGUCAUCCUGUU